GUAAUUAUGUCCCUUUUAUGACUUACACCAUUUGCAGUCAAUGGAAAGCCGCAAACAUGAACAUGGCUGGUAGAAAAAAUUUGAACAAGAAUGCAAUCAGUGCAUUUGAGGAGUAUGGGGUACAGCAUCGACAGCCUCCCAAGGUGGAUAUAGUUUCUAUGAGUGGUCCACCACAUAAACCUGUAUUUGUUGCUGUGGCCCGGCUUGGCGAGACAGAAAUAUGUAAUGAAAGGGGAAAUUCUAAACAUGAAGCCAGGAUAAAAGCGGCUGAAAGAGCUCUUCAGCUACUCAGUGUACAAAAUGCAUCUGGUGAUGGUUCAUCGGGAUGUAACGAGGUCGCAGAGAGUCCGCCAGUAGAAAGUUCAGAGGAGGUCAUCUCCAACCCCAUACCAUACAAGGAUCCCGUUUCUGCCCUCAUGGAGUAUGGACAGUUUGCUAAGCAUGAAGUCAGUUUUGAUCUUAUCUCACAAGAUGGACCACCUCACAUGCCCAUAUUUACAAUGGCAGUAAAGCUAGGUAGCCAAGUGUAUCCAAGUGUGAAAGGUGGAAGUGCCAAGGAAUCAAAGAAACUUGCAGCAUGUGUUGCCCUUAGUAAGUUAAAGAAGGAAGGUGCACUUCAAGCAUUGUUCCCAGAUACUAAGUCAUCUGCGCUACCUGUAGGUAAAGUCAAGACCAAAUCAACACUUGGCAUUCCAGGAAAAAACCCUGUCAGUGUUCUGAAUGAAUAUGCCCAGAAAUCAAGUAUUAAAUUGAGGUUUGAAUCCAGUCAAACUGGACCGCCACAUAAACCUGUAUUUAAUGUAUAUGCUGUACUUGGGGAGGAGACUUUCCCUGUAAUGAGUGCAGCCAGUAAGAAGGAAGGCAAUGUACAAGCUGCCGAGGCCGUACUGAAAGCACUAGCCGAGAGAGGACAGUACUUAAUGCCAAAAGCUGUCACCACACAGUCAAAUACCACAAACAGUGUCAUGCCAGUGGCUGUUAAUCAUUACGAUAAAGUAGCUAUGGCUGCAGGACGUAAAGUGGAUGAACUAUUGCUACAGACACCGGAAUCUCUUGUUGGUAGGAAAGUAACAUCUGCCAUAGUAAUGUUAGACAGAGAGACUGGUGUGUACAGGGUGGUCAGUGUUGGCUCAGGUAACAGAUGUGUGAAAGGAAGUCAUAUAACAGAUGACGGGACGGUGCUCAACGACUCACAUGCUGAAGUUUUAGCUAGGAGGGGAUUUAAAAGAUUUUUAUAUUAUCUACUUCGAACAAAAGAUUUACCCAUCAUUGAAAAGAGCAGACAGAGAAAAUGGAGGUUCAAAGAGGGGAUAAGUUUUCAUUUGUAUAUAUCUACAGCCCCCUGUGGUGACGGGGCUUUGUUUACCCACAGUGACAGAGGGGCAGCUGGAACUUGUUGCUCAGGAAGUGAACAUCGUCCUGUCUUCUCAAAUUUAAAAACUCAAGGUCUACUCAGAGCAAAACAGGAAAAUGGAGAGGGAACCAUUCCAGUGGAACCAGAAUUUGUCACUCAGACUUACGAUGGUAUACAACAAGGGGGGCGACUCCGGGUAAUGUCGUGUAGUGACAAGAUAUGUCAGUGGAAUGUGUUAGGUCUACAGGGGGCGCUUUUAUCAACAGUAUACGAACCGGUUUAUCUACAGUCUAUUGUUUUGGGGAAUCUAUAUAAUGCUGGUCAUUUGGCGCGGGCCGUAUGUUGUCGUAUAGAUCAUAGCACAACACCACUACAGUCUCAAUUACCGUGUGGUUACCAUGUCAACCAUCCUGAUCUAGGUGUCACCUCACACCAGGAUACAACACGUGUUGUAGAAAAGGCACGGCCACUCAGUAUCAACUGGUCAUUUGGUGACAAAGAACCCGAGAUUACGGAUGGCACUAUAGGAAAAACUACAAAAACGGUAGCUGGGAGUGGGGUGCUCGAAUUAUGUAAAAAUCUAUACGAGUUUUUAUAG